UUCAAGACAUAGCCCUCUUCAAGUUAUAGGUUCUCCAUACGAAACCCCUCUUUUGGGCAAUGAUUGGUUCGAGAAAACCCAAGCAAGGAUACAUUUUGAUGAACAAAAACUCAUCAUUAGGUAUAAAGGCAAACUUACCGAAAUACCUACUUCCAACACUAACACCCACAAGUUGUUCUAA